AUGUUCCAUACAUUUAAUCAGUUCGAAGGCAUCCAGGGUGACCAUUCCGUGGAUAUUAAGUGCGAGGCUAUAGAAAAUACGUCACUGAACCAACGUUCCCCCUCAAACUCUACCCGCACUUUCUCAAAUACUCGACGUCGCACUGUGUCGUCCUCACCCGUUGCCCUUCGGCUUUAUUCCUCUACUGAUUCUCCCUCGAGACGAACGCACUUUCAAUCCUCAAGCCUUCGACAGGCUCACUCAAAGAGGGAUUCUCGCAAAGUGUCUGAUCGACGCACGACCAUGACCCAUCCUUUUUCUUCGAGGGGAACGCCUAGUCGGAUGCUUUACUCUCAAUCGGAUUCCCCUGGGCGAAGGUCUGUGGACAAUGGGCAACGCGUCAUGCAGUCACCGCCUCACACACUGCCAAGCCCUUUUAUCCAAUCUCAUGGAAACAUGGAUAUAGGCCCACAAGCGUCUGGUUCCAGCUUGGCUCCGACAUCAAGCCUGUCUGGCGCCGUCGGGGACAUGAACAUUCCCCCACACUUAUGGAAUGCUGUAACCAGACCUCCUUACUCAAAUACACCGACAUCUUGGGUGCCUGGUGCUCACAAUAUGUCCAAUAUUCAUUCCACUGUCCCCUACAAUACCACUCCUACCAUGGGUCUUGAUACACCACACCUUAACCAUCCAUCCGCCACACCAAGGUCCCCGCCAUUUGCGCAAACCUACCCAAAUCAAAUAUCAUUUCAACAAGACCGUGCUUCUCAAAACUCUCCCGCCGUUAUGCUGGGCCGCCCAGGAUCUCGGAUGUCAUAUGAUCGGUCUCGCCACCCUUCACAGGACGCCAUGGAAGAAGAAAACAAACACCUUCGAAAGAAGGUGAAAGACCUUGAGCUAGAAAAUGAAAAAGGCCGUCAGCGUAUCAAGGAGCUUGAAGCAGAAUUAGCGGGCCGCAGCAUCGCUAACGCUUCAAUUAGACACCCAGGGUCGUCCACGAGUACAGCUACCCCUGCAUCUAGUACUCUGCCCACUCCUCUGGCCGUGCAGGCAGCCUGGAAAGCUCGGACAGAAGCUCGCAUACGGCUGUUCUGUUCGUUGAAUCGCGCUGGAAAUGCGUUAUGCUCCUGGCACGAUUCGCGUCGAGAGCGUCGAAUACACCCACCCCGUAUGGCUCCUCCCGGUUAUUUAAACUGUGGUUGCACAUAUGAAGAAGCGCUUUUUGAAGAAAGUUUGUCUCGUCAUGAUGUUGGCAGCUACCAUCCUGGAGAGGCCGUACGUAUGGACCCUGCCCUCCGUAACCCUCUCCUCAAAUUACUGCAGGAGCGAUAUGGAUACAGGGAUGGUGACUUUGAAAGAAAUCCGGUAACGGGGGAUUGGGAAGACGGAGAGGGAAGCACCUUUUGGGAGCAGAAGGUGCUCUCGGGUGCCUCUAACUCUAGGAAAAGAGGUGACGAUCGUCGGUAA